AUUGUUAAAGCUCCCAGAAAGUGGGUGCAUUGUGCAAUGUAGUGUCUGUGGUGCAGCGCUGGACAUAGUCACAAGCAAGGUAUGACUGCUGCACUCCGAGACAUACUGUAACUCCGCAUUUCUCACAUAGCAGUGACAAAGAAAAAAAAACGAAACAAGGACUUUCAGCAAGGGUUGUCAAGAGGAGUGGUUGAGACAGAGGUCAUUGCGUCCUUUGAAGAAGAAGUGUGUAAAUGAGUAUGGAAGAUUAUGACUACCUAUUUAAAAUUGUCUUGAUUGGAAAUGCUGGAGUUGGAAAGACCUGCUUAGUACGAAGAUUUACUCAGGGUUUGUUUCCACCAGGUCAAGGAGCCACUAUUGGAGUUGAUUUCAUGAUUAAAACCAUUGACAUAAAUGGAGAAAAAGUGAAGCUCCAGAUUUGGGAUACUGCUGGACAAGAACGGUUUCGAUCCAUCACACAGAGCUACUACCGCAGUGCAAAUGCCUUAAUAUUGACCUAUGAUAUCACAUGUGAAGAAUCUUUCCGCUGUCUUCCUGAAUGGCUGAGGGAGAUUGAGCAGUAUGCAAGCAAUAAAGUUACCACUGUUUUAGUUGGCAACAAGAUUGAUUUAGCAGAGAAACGAGAAGUAUCCAGAGAAAGGGCUGAUGAAUUCUCAGAAUCUCAGAAUAUGCAUUACCUGGAAACGUCAGCAAAAGAGUCAGACAAUGUUGAAAAACUGUUCCUUGACCUUGCAUGUCAGUUGAUUGGAGAGGCAAAGCAGCACACACUGGUCAAUAAUGUAGCAUCUCCUUUGCCUGGUGAAGGCAGAAGCAUCAGCUACUUGAACUGUUGCAACUUUAAUUAGAUAUGAUGUGAACAUUAUCUGUGAAAUAGAGCUGACGGUUUACAGGGGCAAUCUGAUGAAGAAGAAAGUUCCUGCAAUUCUUACCUUAUUGACCAAAGCUUAAGGUAAUUUCUGGACUUCAGAAUGGAAGGCUGAUAUUUCAAAAAAAAGACACAUACAAUGUAGAAAGCUUCUACGCUUCAGAUACCCAAGUGAGGUAACACUACAAUAUCUAGAAUUAUUGAAAAAAAAUUCUCAACUUUAACUUUGCUGUGCUUUGAAAUAGCUCUGCCAAAUGCUUAUUUGAUGCACGGAAUUUGCCAUUUUGUUGCUUCUUACAAUGAAGGCUGGUAUUAAUAGUUUAAUAGAAAAGGUAACUUAAAAUGUAGAUGAUACACUAUUUGAUUUGCUUUUAACCACUAAGGUCUUUAUGGUCCCAUGCUUCAAAUAAUAUAUUGGUGCUAAAUGGGCUUUUAUUGAGUCAUUUUACAAUUGACAAUUGAGGUAGUUCGUUUAUAUGGAAAUUGUGCAUUUUCUUAUAAGCACUGCAUGUGAUCAUUAAGCCCUUUUAAAAUAGCCUAAUGUUGGAUAUUUUGAUAACCCCAGUCCCCAUUCUCACUGGAUGCUUUUCAUCACUUGUGUAGAAUUUAAUGAGCAACCAGCUCAUUCCUUUAUUUGUCUUUAUUCAUCUUGCGUAUGUUACUGAUUGAACCACAUACUGUAUUUUUUGUACAGUAGCUGUUUUGUUCUGGUUUUAACUUAAGCUUUAGUUCUGCCUCUGUAAAUUUUAAGUCCUUCGAGACGAUCAGGGAAGAUUUUGUCUCUGUUAUGCAACAAAGUCCUAAAUUAAUAAAGCAUUUUAUUUUAUAAAACAUUUAUGAAUUUGCUAUACAUAGCAGUCAGAUAAAAUCUUCCUUAUAUUUAAUUAUUUUUCUUUUCCAACUGUUUCACAUCCCUUUUCUGAAGGUGUGGAUUCAUCCUGAGAAACAUUCUCACAGGCCCAAUGUUCUCCUGCCCAAAGGGGCCAUUAAUCAUGCAUGAUUGUAAGAAUCAACACAGUAUUCUUGCAUGUCUGGUGUCAUCACAACUAAGCCCAGUGCUGUUCUCUGGCUUCCGUGAAUCACAUGAACACUGUCAGGAGCAAUUCCAGAGUGUGACUUAAAGAAGCAACAAAUAUUCUUUGUAUUCCCAUCCCCAUGCUGGAUAACACUGAGGUCAAUAGUGUCUCCUAUUCCACUGUCCUUACUGAGGUUGACAAAUUCAGUACAGACUAAGCAUUAAACCUGCAACCUUCCUAGUUUAUAUAAAUUGGAUAAGCCAUCAGGGUUGCAUUUAUAUAUUGUGUUGGUCUUGGGGCUGAUGUUUAAAUACUAACCCAUUGUAAUGUAUGGAAUGUAAUAUUAUGUGGAAAUUUGGUUAGUGGAAAGCACUGGAUCACCAUAUUUUUCCUGAGGGAAAUUCUUUCGUCAUGUUAAUUAGCUCUAGCAUUUUCAAAUGCUGUUGACUUCAGGCCAAUGUAUUAACUGUCAAUUGUUGAAAAAUGCAAGAAAAGCAUCGGAAAUGAACCACAUUCUUUUAUUCAAUGAACACUAAUUCAAGCAAGAGUACUAAUGGGUUUAUGAAUUAUAGUGACCUUACUGGUAUAUGUUGAGCCAUAGUGAAAAUGUGACCUUGGAAACCCAUCGAUUAUACUUAGCCUUUAUAUCCUAGCCAAGGUAGGAUUCUAAAUGAUUGAACUAUUUAUGAGGCAUUUCUAUGAUUGUUUUAUCCUAUGUUAUUACCAAUUUACAACACUCCAUUUAAAGAUGACAAUGGACCAAUUCAAGUAGUGCAAUUUCCUUUGUGUAGCCCAUAAAUGAACAAUCAUAUUAGUCAUUGCACAUGUUUUGCUUCUUGAUUUAUUUACAUCUCACAAUCAAUCAGAUUUUUGCCAUAUUCCUGAAUUCCCAUUUUAUUAAGCUGCUUUGUGAUACAGAGUAGCCUUGGAGAACAGCUUUAAAUAUUUUGUUUGUUUGCUUACAUAUUCAUAAUACUUGAAUACAUUCAUAAGGCAGUUAUGGAAAAUGACUAUAUUAAUUAGAGCUGUUUAAGCAAAUUGAUUAUUAAUUAUAAAACAGUUUUAGAUGUUAUCCCAUGAACAUAUAGCAUGGUUGUACCAAACUCACCUUGCUCUUUUAAUUAAGGUACUUUUUCACUUAAUGAUAGGCUCUUGAUCUUUUGCUUUUACCUAAUAGAUUGAAUUGAAAUUAGGACAUUGCAAAAUAAAGUGCAGCUCUUGUAAUCACUGCAUCAAUUUCUGCCAAUGUUAUAAUAUUGGCAGCAACAUUUUGUACCCCGAGCUAUUGUUUUGGAUUUCUUUGCACUUUACAUCAAGCAUAACAGCCUCAUGUGGUUAUUAAUAGUUUAUUCACAAACACUGACCUUUGUGUUCUAAAUCACUUGCUGCGGCAUUGUGGAAAAUUCUGAAGUGUUUUCAGUUGUGAUGCUGGCAGAAGCUAUCCUUUUUUAUUUUUCCUCUUCUACAGUGUAAGUUGAAUAGGAUGAUGUCAUUUGUGAUUUUCCACAGAACUGCUGGCCUUUAAAAUAACCUUUUAAAAUCUCAUUAACUUGAUCAUAUCCAGCCAUCACACAAUAUAUUAUUCAAAAAUAAAGCCUUUUGCUACAUUUUAUACCAGUAAUGGGUUGCAUGAUAGUAAAGGGUUUUUUAAGUAAACAACACUCUUGCAGCACAGCUGCAGUGGUAGCUUGACAGAAGACAGUAAUAUGAGAACCGUUGAAUCAAGACUCACUGAUUUCUUCCAAAAAUAUUGGCAGCUAAAAGUAUUAAUUAACCUAACAUCUCUUUAUUUGAAUUGACGACCUUAGUAAUUUGCUGAAACUGAACCUUGCAAACCACUGUGGUUUUCACCUUAUCAAGAUUAUCAUUGUAUAUCUUGCUUUGUGUCUGAGGCUAUUUCACUGCUGUGAUAAUUGAGCAAUGCGCAGACCAAGUACGUGAAUUUCUGACUGAUUUCUGACCGCAAGUUAUUUGCUUCUGACUGAGCUGAAAUUAGCACAAGAAAACACCAGGCCAUUAUUCUACUAUAUGUAUAAAAUGUAUAUAUAUAUAUUUUAAAAAACAAUGCAAAUAUUUAUCCUUGAGGUAGAUCUCUUCUUGGAACACAAUUUAAAUUCAUUUCAAUAUGGAAGAUAUUUGCCUACCGAAGAGUAAAAUACCCCCUUUUUAACCAUUUCUCCUAUUAAGAACCAUAAACAACAAGGAGUUUCUGUAAGUAACAUGGCCUGAAUGAUGAUUCAGAAUAUAACUUUCAGUAUUUUUUUUAUAUUGUAAUCUUGUUUUUAUAUUAUUGCUAUUAGUACUAUUAAUGUUGCAGAGGUGCUAUCAUAGUUCUCAAAGAGCAAAUAUGGUGGGAAAUUCUGUAGGAAAAUCCCAAAUUAUGGGGGCAUUUAAAAUUAUGAAAGGAUGGGACAGGAUAGAUAGAAGCAGACUUUUUCUAGUAACUUGAGGGUCAAGAACGAGAGGACAUUAAAAACAAGAUUUAAUCUAAGAAAUUUAGAAUUGGGGGCUGGAGAAACUUUUUGGUGAGUUGAGAGGCUAUGGAAUUCACUUUCCAUAGCGGUUGAGGCAGAAACUAUGUCAGCACUCAAGAUUACAAUGAGUGGAUGGAUGAUGGAAAGGGUAAUAUGGGAACAGGAUGGAUAAAUAUGAUUAGAACUAUUGCUCACUAGAGGAGAAAUUGCGACACAAACUGGUUGGGCCGAUUGCCCUGUCUUUGUUUUGUAACUACUAUGUAUUCCUAUAUACUGAUAGUUUGAUAGAAAAUGACCCAAUUAAGAAAUUAAUUCCCUCAAAAGCAACAUUAUUUUUAAAAUGCACUUUUAAGAAUGUUAAUUAUCAUUCAAGACUUGAGAGUUGUUCUGUAUUCUUAUAUUAACAUUACAAAGGAUUGAGAGUUAUGAAAGCAUUGAGCUUUGACCCUUUACACGAUGAAAAUGUUUUUCUGGGUGGUAGAACCAAUGUGCCAUUUGAUGCCAGUGGCCACUCUAGAAUAUCUGGACAUGUGUUAUUGUAAAGCCUAACAUUUUGACUAAAAGAAAAACUCCUAAAAUCAGCAGUGCAUUAUUUCUUUUUCUCUUAUUUUGGGUCUCCUCUGGCACACCCUUUGCUCAACAUAAAAGGGUUGGGUUGGGCAACAUUUUCCAUUGCUAGUAGGUCACGAAGAGGUUUGCGAGAAUACCUAGGACUGACUUCCUCCCAAUUUCUCUUGCUGCUGGAAAUCUGCACACUCCCAUCUCCAAACAAUGUAGCUGAAGUUUGGAUCUCAUUUUGUGGCAAACCAAGAGGCAAAACUUCCUUUGCACACAAUAUGUAAAAUACAAACUCUUUAUAGUUAAGUUAGGAAUUUUGUUCCUCAUAGGAAAUCUCCCCUAUUCCCUGAGCACUAAACACACACUAUUUAGCACAGUGAAUUAGUUAAUCUUUCUGUACAUUUAACCUAAAAUUUCUUUUGAGGGUAAUAAGUUCUAAGAUCCUUAUUCACAUUGAUUUUUUGUUUAAGAUCCAAAAGAAUAUAGUUGGUAUUAAAUCUGUCGUGUACUCUACUUGAGAGAGAACUUUUCAUUUUUUCGCGAUUUUUCAUCUUCCUCCCAAAAACGAGUGUUUAGAAUUAGUAUGCCCAUGGGCAUACUAGGAAAAACUAAUAUUUAACUGUAAGCAUACAAAUGUGUUGCUUGUUUGUUCUUAUGCCCUCAACUCCUGCAAGGAGUGAUUGAAAAUUUUCACACAAAAGAGAGAGUGGGAUGGUUAUUUUAACAAUGACAUUUUAAGACCUUUUUUAACAUCUGUAAUGUUAAAGUACAAAAUCUGUCACAAAACUUUCCCUUUAUCAGUCUCCUAAAUCACUGCCAUUUUUUUUUUAGUUUGAUUUCCUAGUCUGACUUCUCUAAUGCUAGACCCGCUGAGUUUUUCCGGGUAUUUUUGUUUUUGUUUUGGAUUUCCAUCAUCUGCAUUUUUUUGCUUUUAUUCUUCUCUAAUGCUCUGGAUUUCGUGCAUUACAGAGUUGCAGGUAACAUUGCUGUUGUGAUAUUAAAAUUGUGGUUCCUUGGGAUGCUGGGAUGUAGGAACCAGUUCUGUUCUAAUUUUUUUACACUUUUCUGGCACUUUCUCAUACACACAUUAUAAUUGGCAGCUUGUAAGGAAUCAGUAGGAUAAUUUUAAAAACUAUUGCCCACUUCUGGAAAGGGAUAUGCAUUUAUUCCGUAGACCAGAAUUACAAUAUUUUGAGGUCAGAAUUUUGUCUCCCACCUUCCCCAGUCAAACCCUAAAUUUUCCCAUUCCUGAUCCUCCACUUCCUGUCAAGCUGCCUUAUGGGACUGUUUUAAAAAGUGUAUUGGUAUGGGAGGAGGGAAAAAAAUUCUUUCCUGCUUUCCUUCCUUUUCUUCCAUCUCUCCUGACUUUGAAUGUUCCAUGUUGAUUAAGUGUUGUGUAAAAUGGAUGGUCAAAUUCCUUAUCCAGCUCCAUUGUGGGGAAAAUAAAAGUUUUUUUUUCCCCCUCUUUUUAAACCAUUUCACCAUUGACUAUUCGGCCUUGGUAACAUCCAAUGUUUUGUUCAUCACCUUCAGCAAAAAGCUAUCUUUUUAAGAAGUAGGAACAUUUAUUGAAAAAUAUGGCAGUGUUAUUGCUUAUGUUAGAUAUGAUAUCAAUUAAAAUAGGGCAAAUGUGUACAUAACUUUUUAAAAACUUGUCCCUUACUGGACAAAUGAAAGCUGAGCUAGCUAGAAUGUAAAAACUGUGCCUGAAUGUUGCGCUAAUAUAUUCGGGAGAAACUGUUUUGUAUUAGAACUCUUGUGAUUUUGUUUUCCCAGACUGUGCUUAAUUUAAGAAAAUAUAUACUUUUCCUUCAUUUUAAAUUUGAUAUGUUUAUAUUUAAAAAAAUUAAUUAGUUAUCAUACAUUUGUUUUUCUUCUCACCUAUGCCCCCUGCCUCCCACCAGCCAAACAUGAAAUAAAUGCUGACACUAAUUUUGAAAUGCUGCUGUACACAAUUUAGAUUGUUUAGAAGAAUGGCGGGGCUGGUUAGCUGAGUUGGCUAGAUAGCUAGCAUGUGGUUCUGAAUAACAUCAACAGUGCGGAUUUGAUUCCCUUCUGGCUGAGGGUGACUUGGGACCUGCCCCUCCUUGCCCUACACCAGUGAGUGGAAGGCAAUGUCAAACCACUACUGACAAAAAAAACUGCCAAGAAAACAACUCAGGAUGAAGCACCAGCAGACAAUGAGCCUAGGGCCUGCCCUUGGGCAGAGCACGCGUACCAUACUGUAGAAGAAUGGCGUUCCUUUCUGUCGGACUGUUUUUUUUAAAACCAAUAACGAUCUGUACAAACUCUAAUCACCUUAUUCAGCUUUCAGCAAAUGAUGGAAUUUUAAAAAAUGCAUUUACUCUUUGUGAUAUUUCAUAGAUAUCAGUGAAUGAAUGUGAUGCUGCUGACUUCUAACUUUAAGAUAGGUUGCAUAGUGUUUUAGGCUGCUGCCUGUGUACAGAAAAAUUAUUUAAUUAGAUCUGACACAUAAAUCAACAAUAAUACAGAUUAUAUAUCAGUCUAAUGCUGCUGUUGUAUUGCACUUACUAGUACAGUGCUGACAAUGUGUGCAUACCAAAUGGGGAGCAUCCAGUCACACUCUUUACUUGUGGUAGAGAGAUGGCAAAGCUCCAAACAUACGUGGUCAAACACAGAGCUGUAAUUUACUGGUGAGAUGUAUUGCUGAUGAUUUUUUCGCUAAGGUUAAGAGAACUCAUGGUGGGAUAUUCAUAAACUUUUGGUGCAAGCUGUCACUGAGUUUUUUUUUAAUAGAAGGAACUUUUUGUGAGCCGAGUUAUACAACACUAGCUGGUUUCUACUUUUGGCAUCAACAUAACGACAUCCUUGAUAUGUCACUGAAGCUGAAAGUGCAGAGCAACAAUGGCACAACUCUAAAUGCAGUGCUGACAGUGAUGUGUGCACAGAUUUGUAGAUCACUACAUUGAUCAUUGCACAAAUUGUAUUGUAAUAAUAUCUAGACUGUGAAUAGCUGUAAUCUAAGAAAUACAUAAAUGUUUUUCACUUGUGUUCUUAAUGGUGCUGUUAUUUGGAAUAAAAGAACUGUCAGUCUGUCCGUGAUUAAAAAAUAGUUUGUUAUAAUUAAUUUGAACAGAAUGUUUACCUUGUUAAACAAAACUGAACAAAAUGAAUGUUUUUGCCACA